GAAUGUCUCUAGAUGCGGCGCGUGUGAGCGCGGACAUGGGAGAGCUACAGCUGGCGGUGCCCGGGGAAGCCAGCGCUUCAGAGCAGCGUCUCCUGUAAGAGCCAGCCUCAGCUCCCAGAGAGAGCAGUCGGGCAGCUAGCUCAGCAACCAGCUGCCCGCGCUGGAUUUUUGCAUUGCAUAGAAAAAGAAGCCACUCUGCUGUUGAAUUUAAAUUUUUUUUUUGGCAUGGAAGGGUGAGGGCUUGCACCCUAGGCUGACGGCAUUGAUCGGAAGCAAAAGCCAGGUCAGCAGAUGGAGGAGGAUGUGUGAAUGAAUUGCCAGGUCCCCUUCGAUCGUGGUUUGCAGAGAAGGCUGCAUUGCCCCUGGAAGACAAGACCAUCGCUAGUUCUUCUCCUGGCUCAUUUGGUGUGUCUGCGGCGGAGAUAGCGCAUCGCUCCGCAGCGGGAGCUGGUGGCUAGAAUCUACCCCCACGCGUUCUGCUGGCUGGGAAAUAGCCCUGUGAGCUAGCGAAUAGCUCCAUCUCUCUAAAGGAGUCGAUUGAUUUGGUUCCCCCAGCACCCCGGACACUAAUGCCGAGUCUGCUGAAGGGAAAGCUCAGUGUAUGUCCUCUUUGUAAAGGAUGCAUCCACUACUCCAGACCAUUAUUGUACUGAGAGCCUAAAAAAAUAAUAAAAUCCAAGCCCCUCAUUUGCUGCAGCGCUCUCCGCUGGGGCGAGGAGGGAUUCUGACAAUCUCUAGGACGUGUUUUCUUUUUCUAUGCCAUUAACCCAAAGAUUGGUCCCAGCACCACCCUCCUUCUGCCCUUUGUAGUUUGGUUCUGAGUCAGUUCAGAUGGCCAACAAAUGGUGGUUUCGCCAAGCACUAACCCCAGGUGGGUGUUAUCACUGAUUCUCUUCUGCCCUCCACGCAGCAGCCAGUGCAGAAAUAUGCUGGCUCUUCAGCACUCUUCUUGUGAGGGCAUGUCCCGGCCCAACAGUGUGAGCCCCCCAGGCUUCGGAGCCCCUGUAGCUCGGGGAGGCACCGAGCAGCAUCGAUCCGCCUGGGGAGAAGCAGAGUCCAGGGCCAAUGGCUAUUCCUAUCCCCCUGCCCCAAACAGGUCAUCGAGCAAGAAGCCUUCUCGCAUGGCGAGCAGGUGGAGGAGUGAGGAAGACUACGAGCCUCAGCCUAACAGGAACCAGGGGGAGAGCAGUUGCAGGAUGAUGAGUUUUAGAUCCAAGUCCGCCUGGCAGGAGCACGGCGAAGAUAGUCGCCACCACCAGCGCAGAGGGAAUCCCACAUUUACCACCAGCCCUCGGCACUUUAGGGAACUGGGCGAGGUGCGGCCCCGGUCUGUGGAGCUGGGGCUGGAGGAGAAGCGGAUCAAGGCUAAGAUUGAGGAGCUGGAGGAGGAAGAAAGGGACUCCCAGGUGGCCUUCUCCAUGGGCAGCUGCUGCGGCAGCCUGUUGCAGAUCUUCAGGUCCAAGAAGUUCCAGUCGGAGAAGCUGGAGCGCCUCUACCAGCGCUACUUCUUCCGGCUCAACCAGAGCAGCCUCACCAUGCUGAUGUCCGUGCUGGUGCUGGUGUGCCUGGUGAUGCUGAUCUUCCACACUGUGUACGGUCACUAUAAGGUGCCCUACGUGGUGGUGCUCUCGCUGGCCAUCCUGCUGGUAGUGGUGUUGUGCGUGCUGUGCAACCGCAACGACUUCCACCAGGACCACAUGUGGCUGGUGUGCUACUCAGUCAUCCUGGCCAUCGUGGCCGUGCAGGUGGUGGGGGUGCUGCUGGUCUGUCCCAGGAGCGCCUCCGAGGGCAUCUGGUGGACUGUCUUCUUCAUCUACAGCAUCUACACACUGCUGCCAGUCAGGAUGAGGGCAGCGGUCAUCAGCGGGGUGGUCCUCUCAGCAAUCCACCUGGCCAUCUCCCUGAAGACCAACACAGAGGGCCAGUUCCUGUUAAAGCAGCUGGUCUCCAAUGUUCUCAUCUUCUCCUGCACAAACAUUGUAGGAGUGUGUACCCAUUACCCAGCAGAGGUGUCUCAAAGACAAGCGUUCCAAGAGACCAGGGAGUGCAUUCAGGCCAGGCUACAUUCUCAAAGGGAGAACCAGCAACAGGAGCGGCUCCUGCUCUCUGUACUUCCUCGUCACGUUGCCAUGGAGAUGAAAGCCGACAUUAAUGCCAAACAGGAGGAUAUGAUGUUUCAUAAGAUCUACAUCCAGAAGCACGACAAUGUCAGCAUCCUCUUUGCAGACAUUGAGGGGUUCACCAGCCUGGCCUCCCAGUGUACAGCUCAGGAGCUGGUCAUGACGCUGAAUGAGCUCUUUGCCAGAUUUGAUAAGCUUGCAGCUGAAAAUCACUGUUUACGUAUAAAAAUCUUGGGCGAUUGCUAUUACUGCGUGUCUGGAUUACCAGAAGCAAGAGCUGACCAUGCACACUGCUGUGUUGAAAUGGGAAUGGACAUGAUAGAGGCUAUCUCAUUGGUCCGGGAGGUGACAGGAGUCAACGUGAACAUGAGGGUUGGGAUCCACAGUGGGAGAGUUCACUGUGGAGUCUUGGGCCUCAGGAAAUGGCAGUUUGAUGUUUGGUCAAAUGAUGUCACGCUAGCCAAUCACAUGGAAGCCGGAGGUAAAGCAGGGCGAAUCCACAUUACCAAAGCAACCUUGAAUUAUCUGAAUGGAGACUACGAGGUGGAGUUGGGUUUUGGAGGAGAACGCAAUGCUUACCUCAAGGAGCACAGUAUAGAGACCUUCCUGAUUGUACGCUGCAGUCAAAAACGGAAAGAUGAGAAAGCGACAAUAGCCAAGAUGAACAGACAGCGCACCAAUUCCAUCGGCUAUAACCCUCCACACUGGGGUGUGGAUCGCCCCUUUUACAACCAUCUGGGUGCUCACCAGGUCUCCAAGGAGAUGAAGAGAAUGGGUUUUGAGGAUCCCAAGGACAAGAACACCCAAGAAAGCAUGAACCCGGAGGAUGAGGUGGAUGAGUUUCUGGGUCGUGCAAUUGAUGCCAGAAGUAUUGAUCGGUUACGCUCUGAGCAUGUUCGCAAGUUUCUCUUAACAUUCAGGGAGCCUGACUUAGAGAAGAAGUACUCCAAGCAAGUGGACGACAGAUUUGGAGCCUAUGUGGCUUGUGCCUCCCUCGUCUUCCUCUUCAUCUGCUUUGUCCAAAUCACAAUUGUGCCCCACUCUACAUUUAUGUUGGGUUUUUACCUGACCAGUUUUUUGAUCCUGACCACAGUGGUGUUUGUUUCGGUCAUUUACUCCUGCAUAAAGCUUUUCCCAGCUCCACUCCAGACUCUCGCAAGGAAGAUUGUUCAAUCCAGGACCAAUAGCACCUUAGUUGGGGUCUUCACCAUUAUACUGGUUUUUCUGUCAGCAUUUGUCAACAUGUUCAUGUGCAGCACUGUGGAUCUUGUCAGCUGUGUGGCUACAGAGUAUAACGUCACUCCCGACCAGGUGGACAUAGGCCUUAUCAGCAACUUGUCUUUCAAAUACAGCCUGGGCAUCUGGCAGGGAUUCUGUGGCAGUUCCCUGCCCAAUUGCAACUUCCCAGAGUAUUUUACCUACAGUGUCUUACUGAGUCUCCUGGCCUGCUCUGUGUUCCUUCAGAUCAGCUGCAUUGGGAAACUGAUCCUAAUGUUGAUCAUCGAAUUCAUAUAUGUUCUCAUUGUGGAGGUGCCGGGGGUGAACCUCUUUGACAAUGCAGAUCUUCUGGUUGCAGCCAACAGUUUUGAGUUCUCUAAUGCAACAUCAACAUGCUCCCCAAAAGCGUCGAGAGUGGCACUGAAGAUUGUGACCCCUAUCAUCAUAACUGUUUUUGUCCUGGCAUUAUAUCUGCAUGCCCAGCAGGUGGAAUCUACAGCAAGGCUCGACUUCCUUUGGAAACUGCAGGCCACUGAAGAGAAAGAGGAGAUGGAGGAGCUACAGGCCUACAAUAGACGCCUCCUCCACAACAUCUUGCCCAAGGAUGUGGCAGCCCAUUUCCUGGCACAAGAGCGGCGAAACGAUGAGCUGUAUUACCAGUCCUGUGAGUGCGUGGCUGUGAUGUUUGCCUCCAUCAGCAACUUUUCAGAGUUCUACGUGGAGUUAGAGGCAAACAACGAAGGGGUGGAAUGUCUGAGGCUCCUCAACGAAAUUAUUGCAGACUUUGAUGAAAUAAUAAGUGAGGACCAAUUCCGUCAGCUGGAGAAGAUCAAAACCAUUGGCAGUACAUACAUGGCUGCUUCAGGCCUCAAUGACUCUACUUAUGACAAGGUGGGAAAAUCACACAUCAAAGCUCUGGCUGACUUUGCCAUGAGGUUAAUGGACCAAAUGAAGUACAUUAAUGAGCAUUCGUUCAACAACUUCCAGAUGAAAAUAGGGUUAAAUAUUGGUCCUGUGGUAGCUGGGGUGAUAGGCGCACGCAAACCUCAAUAUGACAUCUGGGGAAACACAGUCAACGUAGCCAGUCGAAUGGACAGUACAGGUGUUCCUGACAGAAUUCAGGUGACCACAGACAUGUACCAGGUUUUAGCAGCCAACGGCUAUCAGCUGGAAUGUCGAGGGGUGGUUAAGGUAAAAGGUAAAGGAGAAAUGACCACCUACUUCCUAAACGAAGGGCCGCCGAUCAGUUAGCAGCAACCAUGGCACAACUUUAAAAAUGGCAUUUGCACGGAGAAGAAUUGCUGUUUAGCUGUGGACCCAAAAGUACAGCGCAGUUGCAUUUCUUCAUGCAAACAACUUUAGAGCAUGGUUCUGACAAGCAAACGAACUUUAGCCACAUGCCAUGCAGUGCAGAAGAAAGAAAACACUGUGGAGUAAUUC